UCUUACUGUAAAUUACUUCACGGGUAAAAUGUGCGUCCAAGGCUGUGUCAUUAUAUGUUAGUAGUGAUGUGGAACUUUGCAAUAGAGGAAAUAUGACGAAAAGAAAUUUGUUUAUCAACACAUUAUUUUUGGUUAUUGCAAUAAUAUUUAGUGCAAUAUCACAGUGUUCGUCUGCUUUAUCAAAUAAACGAUUAUGUUAUAACCCUGACUGUUCCGAGCCUGUUUCAUUGGCUAGAACAACGAUUAAAUAUGCUCCAAAUGAACCAGGAUUAUUGAAAUUUGAUAUUAGUGCAGAAGUCAAAGUUUAUAGUAAAGAAGCAGGCAACAGAACUGACUUAUGGGGUGUUGAGAUAAAUGGAAAACGUGGAUAUGUACCAAAAAGUUUUCUUAAAGAAUAUAAAAUUAUACACAAGAACUUGAAGUAUGAAGUGCCUAUUAAUCAGUUGUCUAAUAACGUAGUAUCUAAUGAGAAGCCUCAGCCUAAGGAAGAUAAUGAUAAAUCAGUAUUUGAUACAAAGGAUAUUAAAGUUUCAAACGUUGAAACUGACAAUUUGGAUUUAAAAUCCACAGAGGAACUGCCACAUAAUGUGACUUCUUCCCAUGAAAAUAUAGAUGGAAUUACAUUCCAUUUAAAUCAUGAUGAGCCUUCUGUAUCAUCUUCUCCAACAGAAGUCGUAGAAAAAGCAGUAGUGCCAAAUAAAGAAGAUGCAGUUGAUAAUUCCAAAAUAAAUUCCAAUAAUAAUAAAAAUGAAUUAAAUAUUUUUACAAAAGAUACAAAGUUGCCACAAGAACUUUCAAAUGAUGAGUUAAAUGUAGAAGAACAUAGCCCUUCCAAUAAACUUAAUAUUAAACAUUUUAUAACCAAUUCAGAAGAAACAUUUAAUUUAUCAGAUGAAACUGAAGUUGUACAUGAUCCAUCAUUAAAUAUAACUGAAAAUGUUGAGAAGAAAACAGAUGACGAAGUAGAAAAUUUAAACAAUAAUUCUUCUCCAGUAAAAGAUGCAUUAAUCUCUAAGAGUGACAUUGAUAUGAGUGUUUCUCAAACACUUUCUAAUGAUGUCAAAGAAACAUUAACGAACAAAGAUGAAAUAGUGGCUGAACAGAAUAAUACAGAUAAUGUCGAGUCAAAUAAAACAGAUCUAAUUAAUGAUAUUAACAUACCUGUAGAAAGUACAGAAAGCAUUAACAUAUCUAAUGAAAAAGAUGCUCUGCUUUCAAACAUUGAUACACUUUUAGAAGCAGAACAAAAUGAAUUAGAAAAAGAAAAUAAACAUAGUGAAGAUUUAAAUAAUGUCUCUUUACCAUUGGAAACAAAUACUACAGAUACAGUGAAAGUGACAUUACCUUCUGAAAGUGCUGAAGAAUCUGAGAAACACGCUAAUAAAUUUGAUAAAAUUGAUGAUAAAUUAUUAGAAAAUAAUAAAGAAUUAACAAUAGAACAAAGCCAAUUAAAAGAAAAAGCCAGGAGUACUGAGGACUUAAGUAAAUAUAAUAAUGUUGCAUCUUUAAUUCUAAAAUCAAGCGCAAAGAAUACUGCUGAAUUAACAUUAUCUUCCGAUACUAAGAAAGAUGAGGAAAGUAAAGAAAUUAAUUUAAAGACUGAAUAUGAAAAAACAUUGUCUGAUACUGAAAAUGCUAAACUUGAUGUAAUUUCUGAAGCAGAAAUGGCCCCAUUUAUUUCUCAAGAUUCAAAUUUGACUUUUAAAGAAGAUAAUAUUCCUCCUCUUAGUAUGGAAGAAAAUAAUCAAGAGUUGGAGAAGACUCAAAGUGUAUUACAGGAAACUCAUCAUGAUACAAAAGAAGCAAGUGAAAUGGUUAAUGAAACAGUAACAGAAAGAAAUGAAAUGGUUACUGAAACAAUAGAAGAAAUAAUUGAAAUGGUUAAUGAAACAAUACAAGAUACAACUGAAGUGGCUAAUGAAACAACAAAAGGUGAUGAUAGUUCAGAAAAUGUAUUAGAUGCAAGUAAUUCUGUGGACACACCUCAUGUGGCAGACAAAGUUCUAGAAACCGAAUCUGAUUUGGAGUUACCAAAACAACUAUUAUAUUCUGAUGGCAAAGAUGUAAUUUCAGAAAAUAUGAACAUUAAUGAAUUUCGCAAUAGAAAUUUAUUGAAUGUUGAAACAACUAGCCAAGUUGAAAUUGUAGAGGAUGUAGCAAAAGACGAAACUGAUAACAUGAUGGAUAAAGAUUUAGUAGAAGAUAAAAAUAACAAAAUUACAGAGAAUGAAAUUCUAGAUGAAAAUUUAAAUACUGACACGGAAUCAGUGACAGAAUUGACAUCAGAAAAUUUACACGAAAUUCAAGCAACUUCCACCCCCAAUAUUUGCAUAGCCGAUAAUGUUGAAUGUUCUACCCAAGAUAAUAUUCAAAAUGAUUACAUACAUGAGGACACUUUCCAAUUAAAAGAAAAUGCUAUAAUGGAAGGAAUCAAAGUAGAGCAAAGUUAUUGGUUAACCUUAAUUUAUUUAAGUGUUACUGCAACAGCAAUACUUAUAUUUUCUCUGGGAUAUUAUUACAUUGAGAAUAUGAGAAGAGAUAGGCAAUUAAUAGCCAAAGUUAAUAAGCUUGAAAAAGAUUUACUUGUUGCGACAAAGGAAUGCGCAAUGCUUAAUGAAAAUUUGAAAAUAACCAAAGACAAGUUAACAUGUAUUGAAGAUGAAUCAUUCGGUUCCAACGAAAUGGUGCUUUCUUUAAAGGCAGACUUAGAGGCUUCACAGAAUGCAAGAGCAGAGCUGGAAGAUCAAGUUACUAUUCUGGAAAAAGAUUUAGAAAGUGCUACUGAAGCUGGAUUAGAAUUAGAACGAAUGUUACGAGAAGUCCUAUCAUCAAAUAACGAAGUUAAUCCAUUAGCCCAAUCAGUUGAAGAUUUGCAAACAAGGUUGAAUGCUCAACAAACUGCAAAUGAGUCUUUAAAGAAUGCUCUUCAUCUUAAAACUCAAGAGAAUGAGUCUUUAUCGACAAAAUUAGCAACAGUUAAAAAAGAAUAUGAAGAACUUGAGGUUGAACUUUCUCGGGUUACAGAAAAUUUGAAACUUGAGAAAGAUAGUAAAAACUGUCUUGAGCAAACACUGACUGAUAAGGUACAGCAAUUAGAAAUGCAAAUCAAGGAAAUUUCUACUGAAAAAACAACCUUACAGAAGAAGUUAAAAGAAAAAGAAAUAGAAAGGAAAGAUUUAUUGGAAGUUAUUAAUCGAUUGAAUUCCAAUAACUUAGAUUUAGACAAAUUAUAUGAUGUACUUCAUAUUAAAGCAGAGGCAACAGCUUUGCUUGAAGAAAGAAAUGAAUUAAAAAUACGACUAGUUGAAGUUGAAGGAGCACAUCAUUUGUUGGAAGAGCAUAUGAAUGCUGUCAAAGAAGAAAUAGCUACCUUGAGUGAACAAUGCAAGAUAGCAGAAAAAGAAAAAAAAGAUGCAGAAACCCGGCUUGAAGUAUUAACAAAUUUCUUCGAAGAAAAAGAAGCGCAACGGCAAAAGGAAGAAGCUAUUUGGUUGCAACAGCAAGGCGAAGUUGUAUCCACUGUAGAAAGAAUACAAACAAUGCAAAAUGAAAUACAAAAUUAUAAACAGCAAAUAGAAAUGUUAAAACGGGAAAUACUGGAUCAAGAAAGAGAAUACAAAAAUCAAAUUUCUGUUCUUGAGACAAAAGCACAUGAACAAUGGGUAUUAGCACGCCAAGUUGAACGGCGCUUAGAGGAGUCCAAAGUUGAGGCAGGUCAAUUACGUAACCGACUCACGUUAAUAGAAAAGAAUAUUAACGAUGCGGAUUCAGAAGCAAAAUUACAUCGACUGGAAGCAAAUGGAGAGACAACAACGUCGCCUCCAUUAUUCAUAGGAGCAGAAUCAUCCAAUUCUCCUAUAAUGUUUUCUGGUUCUUCAAAUGUUCCUCCUCCACCCCCACCUUCUUAUUUACAUUCACUUUUUCCUCCAUACUUGCCACCUCCGUUACCAAAUACAUCCGGAGUACCACCGUAUGAAGUUAGUCAACGUCCAGCACCAUUAGGUGGUCGGUUAUCCUCACCUCCACCUAUGCCUUUACAUCCUUCUGCCUCCAGCAGGUAUAACAAUGCAGGUUCUCCACCACCACCGAUGUCUUCGCAUCUACUUCCACCUUUUAAUCAUAGAUCACCCCCACCUCCUCCAUUUGGUAGUGAUAUUCAUCCACCUCCACCACACCCUCCUGGUUCGAUAUUGCCUCCACCCCUUGGAACAUCGCGUUUGUGGGGGGAAGAAUCACUGCCACCUCCACGCAAUUCUGGUUUUCAUCCACCACAACGAGAGCGAGUACGAAAUCACAAAGGUUCCUUACAUUCUUCUGGAGAGUCUUUGGACAAGACACAUCAUAAUAGUAAAGUUUAAAUCUCUUAUUUUGUUAUAAAACAUUUUCACACAUACAACACAUUUGUCACUAUAGUAACGUGAUAUUCAUAAACAAAACUUUGAAAACAAGUAACAGUGAUAGAAAAUAUGUUUAUAUUAAUAGAAAAUCAGUUGUACAUUUUGAUAUAGUACUUCUGAAAUGUGAUAGGCACAUACUUAGCUUGCUACAAAAAAUGCAUCUGUCAAAUAUCAUCACUGUUAUAAUAUAAAAAAAAAA